AUGCUGAGGAGCCCGUCUCCAUCCCGCAGGCCCAGCACCACAGGCGAUGCCACCAAAUCGGGGGAAGUGAUGUGUCCGAGGCACCCGAGAUCUUGGAUCGAGAAGAAGGUGUUCUUCAUCACCAAGACUCGCCUCUGCCCAUACUGCGACCUAGAAAGCUACGCGGUCCCUCGCGUCAAUGAGAAAGGCGUCUUGCAGGAGGUGCCCUGCGAGCCCGGAUUCGGCGGAACCCCUAUCCCCGAAAGAAGGCCUUCCAGGACCCCGAGAAACCGGCCAGGGGGGGGAGCACCGACCCCUCGGGGCCGCAGUCCGAGGGCAGCGCCGGGCGGCGGCGGCGAUGGAAGGGGCGGGUUCACGCCGAGAGGGGCGGGGGGCGGGGCGUUCACGCCCAGGGCGGACGGCGCGGGGCGAGGGGCAAGGAGUAGGACCCCCGUGAGGGCGGGGACGCCGAGCCAGCGGGGUCAAUGGCAGAGCCAAACCCCUCGAACAGCCACCGUGCGACGGACUGCUGUCUUCAACCCCACGGUACCGACGCCGGACCAGCGAGGGCGACCACCCAUCCGGCGCUCGUCGUCCUCCGCUACCGCCAGUGGUGGCGGAGCCUCGAGAGGCAACCCCAAGCCCAGGCACCAGAGGAAAGCGUCCACCCCGUCCGGCCACCGCCGUAGGGGCAGCGCCGCUGCCGACGGCAGGCCUCCGCCCGCGCGCUCUUCGCGUGGCCGCAGCGGCAGCGGUGGCGUAUCUGGAGAGAAGAGCAAAGGCCGGGCCCACUCCCCUCCGCUGGACGAAAGCUUCGCGGCCCCGCUCACAGCGCCCGCGGCGCUGGACGGGACCGGGGGGCGGAAGAAGCCCGCGCGGAGCCUGAUGUUCACCUCCGCUGCUCGCAAGCGGGGCAGCGGCACCAGCGGCGGCAGCGGUGGCGGCAACGAAGACGACGUGGCCGUCGUCGCCGCCGCCGCCGCCUCGGUGGCGCCGCCCUCACCCUCCGGUAGCGCUAUGAGCGGCUUCAGCGGCCUCAGCGCCGGAGGCGGCGGCGGCGGCGGCGAGAGCGGCGGCGGCCGGAGGUUGUCGUCCGGAGGGGUUGGACUCGUGCUCCCGGCGUCCAUCACCGAAAACGCCGGCGCUCACCCGGUGGUGACGGUGGUGACGGUCACCCCAGAGAAGCCGGCGAGUCGCGGAGCCUCCCCGCCGCCGCCACCCCCGGUCGUGGCGGCGGCGGCUGCUGCUGCUGCUAGCGCGGCAAUGGCCACCGCCGCUCCUCAGGAGGAGAAGGGCACCGCCGCCGCUGCCGCCGGCCCUUCGCCGGCCGACGUGCUUGCCGCCGCGGAGCGGCUCGAGCCCGCCGCGGCCACGGGGCAGGUUCAGCCGGCGGCGGCCAUCAUAGCGAGGCUGGCGGCGGCGCUGGAGGUGCUGCGUCCGGAGCGGGUCGGCGGCUUGGGGGGAGCGGGGGAGGUCGUGGAAGCGGCGAGGGCGGCUUCGAGCGUCGUCAGGGAGUCCGGGACUUUGACGGAUGGGGGCGGGGGGGAGGAGGAGGAGGAAGGCGACAAGGUUGUUGACGAGGAGGAGGCGGAAGCGGCUGGGGCGUUGCUGGCGGAAGCCGGGGACGCCGUGGAGACGUUCACGAAGGCCAUCUGCGUUGUCUUCGCGAAAAUGUGCAAGACUGUGGCGGGUGUACUCCAGCAGCUGCCCUCUUGUGUGCUUGGUCAGUGCUUUCGGGAGACAUUCGCGAAGGUUGCGGUCGCCCUCGCGUGGAGCGGCAAGGAUCCCUCCGAGCUGGGCGAGUCGACGGCUUUCGUGGACCGCCACCGGGCGGCCGAAGCGGCCAUCUCCGAGGCAGCCAGGAGGGCGGAGCUGCUGAUGAGCACGUUCGCGACGAACGACGGAGCCGGCGGCGGCAAGGGUCCCAGGGAGAAGGCGGCGGCGCAGCGGCGCUGGCUGUCGGUCCUUGACCGGCACGAGGCUUGGAUCAGGCGCAGGGAUUCGAGGAAAGCACUGCUGAUGGCUGAGCCGGACAUAUCUGCCGGUUCGGUGACGGUGUUCAAGGACAGCCAGCUCCUCCCGCAGGGCACGUUCGGCCCGACGUACGCGGCGGAGUACCUGGGGAUCCCCGUCUCCGCCACCGUGCUGUCGAUCAACACCUCCGACCGCAUGGCCGCCGUCUGGUCCACGGCCUCGGCCAAGCUGCUGCGGCGGUCCGCGACGUCCGAGCUCCGCGCCCUGUCGUCCCUGGUCCCUCUCCACGCGCGGCUCGCGCGCACGUACGGCAACGAGUCGAUCUCGACGCAGGGGUCCCUGCGCAUCGUCCACCACAAGAGCGGCGGCGGCGGCGGCGAGCAGGGCGAGGAGGACGGGCCGGCGGCGCUUGUUCUGGUAGGGGAGAUGGUCGAGGGAGGCUCCCUUCGCGACCGGAUCAAAGCGUGCGGCGCCGCCGCGGCGGCGGCCGGAGAGGAGAGGGCGGACGUGUUGGAAGAAGGUGGGGAGGCGGGCGUGGAAGAAAACUUGUCGGCGAAGGGGGGCGAGGGAGAGGAGGAAGCUCGCGCUGCUAGCAGUGGUGAGGCGCCGGCGGCGCAGCUUCUGCGACGCCGGAAGGUGCUGGCGGACAUCGCGGAAGGGCUGGCCUGCCUUCACGAGCGCGGGGUGUCCCAUGGGGCGCUGUCGUCGGAGAACGUGCUGCUCGAUGCGGAGGGUAGAGCGAAGCUGUCCUUGUUCGGCCUGACCGACACCAGGAAGGCCGUCGCGUCUUUCAUGGUCUCCUCCGCAACCGUAUCGGAGGAGUCGGACGCGCUGCCGAUGAAGGGGGCGGCGGUUCCCCGCGUGCUCGAUCCGCAGGGGAGUGUGUGGACGGCUCCCGAGACCUGGGUUGCGUCGGCUGCUAGGCAGAAGGCCGCAGAAGAGGCGGCGGGCGCGGUAGCGGGUGAAGAAUCGACGGUGGUGGCGGAGGAGGAAGAAAGUGCUUCGGUCGCUGAUUUGGCAGCGGAAACGCUGGUGGCGGCAGAAGCCGAAGCUUUGGACGGCAAGAAGAAGGCGGCUUUCAUGGCGGACGCCUACGCUUUUGGGAUGAUCGCGUGGGAGGUGCUCACCGGCAGUCAACCAUGGGAAGGCCUCACGCUAGAAGAAGUGUCGAACAGGGUGUCCCGAGGCGAACGGCCGGCUUUGUCAUUCGCGCCGACCGCUCUCGAAGACUAUGAGAACUUCGGCGACCUCGUGCGCCUCCUGUGGGCGCAAGACCCGACCGCUAGACCGGCGUUGCAAGACGUGGCUCGGCUUCUCCGCGUGCCCGAGCAACCCCGCGCGCCCUCUGCUGCAGUUCCGGUCGCAGCGGCCCCGAAUGCUGGUGGUAACGGCAAGGAUGGUGCUGAUAUUGAGGGUGAUGGAGCGACAUCGGGUGCGCAGGAUGAUGAGGACCACGUAGUGGUGGAAGCGGCGAGUGUGGAUGAAUCGGCCGCUGACGGUAACAGUGAGCGUGGUGCUGAUGUUGACGGCGAUGGAGCGACGUCAGGCAUGCAAGGCACUGAGGACGACGUAGCUAUGGAAGCGUCGAGUUUGAGUGAAUCGGUCACGGCAGUCAUCGAGCCCUCUGCUACUGCUGCUACUGCCUCGAACGGCAAUGACGCUGGUUCCCGGGACGCAAACGGUGGAGUUGUUGACGGCGGCAGCCAAGAGGCAGCAAGCAAGGUUGCGGAUAGCCCCGGAGAAGCCCUCGAGGGUAAGUCUCUGGAGGCUCCCACGGAGCAAGUGUUGUCGGAAGAGGAAGGUAAUGCUUCCCAGGAAACGCAAGAUGUUGUGGACGCGCUUGCUGCUGCCAUUGCGAACGGUGGAGUUGUUGACGGCGGCAGCCAAGAGGCAGCAAGCGAGGUUGCUGCGGACAAGGAGGCGCCAAUGUUGCCGCAAGAGGAAGGUAAUGCUUCCCAGGAAACGCAAGAUGUUGUGGACGCGCUUGCUGCUGCCAUUGCGAAAGGUGGAGUUGUUGACGGCGGCAGCCAAGAGGCAGCAAGCGAGGUUGCUGCGGACAAGGAGGCGCCAACGUUGCCGCAAGAGGAAGUUAGUGCUUCCCAGGAAACGCAAGAUGUUGUGGACGCGCUUGCUGCUGCCAUUGCGAAAGGUGGAGUCGUUGACGGCGGCAGCCAAGAGGCAGCAAGCGAGGUUGCGGAUAGCCCCGGAGAAGCGUUCGAGGGAGAAGAGGAGGAUGCUACGCAGGAGAAUGGACGCACCCCUUCGCAAGAAAUGGUGGCCGCGGCUGCGGUUACGGAGACGGAUUCCCAGGCGAACCAAGCUACGGUCGAAAUUAGAACGGCAUUGGGAGAGUUGCUUCGAGCUGGUUACGAUGUGGACGAUCACGCUCUGGCCUCGCCUAAUAGCACCGAUCUACGCAGCACCCACCUGUAUGACGAUGACAUCGGUACCCGCCCGUGGAUCGUCCCGAACGGGAAGGAUCCGGCGGCUCCAACCGUGGUGGCUCCUGCUGCUUUUGUUGAUCGCAGCGUGGCAGACGGCGCCCUUUCGUUCCCCCAAGCACAACCUUUACCGGAGGGAGCGGAGUUGCAGACUGUGACCGCAGCGGUGGGUGUGACUGCUCCCGGCGGCUCGGGGCCGGAGCCUGCGGUCCAGUCGACCUCUCGCGCCCGGCCGAUCGUCAGUUGUUCGUCAAUGGGAUCAAUCGAUUCGUCCCCCCGGCACCGCCGUAUCGACGAGCUGCUGCGGGGGACGCAGACGUGGGCGACGAGCAGCGGGGCGCGCGCUUCGGUGCGACAACCACCCCAGCAGAUGCCGCUGCUGUCGCCUCCUCCAGUGGUGGCGCCUUGCUCGAAGAGCAGCUUCGGGGGCGAGGACGACGAGGAGGACCUUUUCUCGGCGCACGGCUGGUUGUCUCCGGCGGCACGCGCCUCUGCGGUUGCGUCGCAUCAGCGAGCUGUAUUGGAAACGAAGAACAUUCCAGGAGCGGCUGGUACUGCUCAGGCACCCCUGGCGACUGUCUCUGCACUUUCCGUCGAAACCCGUACAUUCUACAGCGGUGGAAAUAGGGCAGUGAUUGGGCGGAGCAGCGGCGGCGGCAGCAGCAGGACCAGCACCGGGAGCAACCUGCGCGCAUUCAAACCGAUCACAAGCACCAGCACAAGCAGGCCCCCCAGUGUACCGGUCACCACGGGCAAACCCUCAAUCGGCGUGCUUCCCCCGAUGUCUUCGCCCAACCUGUCCCAGCUAUCCGUAACGUCUCGAGGGGGGUCUACAGCGUUGGCGACCCCACCACCUCCCCCGUCCGUGAAACAGGCGCAUGCACCGGCGAUGAGCAACCGCGAAAGAGCGGCCGGUGGCGGGGAGGUUAACGCAGCGAAAGCCGGGGCCUUGAAAUCCCCGGCUAGUGCUGUACCCCGUAGCAGUAGCGCUCGGGCCUCGAAAUCCCCGGCUAGUGCUAGUGCAGUACCUCGUAGCAGUAGCGCUCGGACGGAGGCGGCGGCCGGCACGCCCACGGGGACGGGAACAGUUAGGGGCAAGCUGCAAGGGGUGCGGAAGGCGUUUUCUCGUCUGUCCGGGAGGAAGAAGAGGGACAAGGACGGCUACGGCGGGCGCGGCGUGACGGGAUUUACCCAGCAAGAGUGCUGAAAGAUAGUGUUGGUGUAAACAAGGGGGGUAGUUUUUUAAGCGGUUCAAGCGGCUCUUCAAUCUAGAGCAAUUGAGUGACUGCUGCUCUUGGGUGACCUUUCCCCCCAUGGAGCUGUACCGCCUCUUCUGCCACACCCCCUGGAGAGGCUGACUGCCCUUUUCAUCACUUGCUUGGCUGGCGGUGGCCAACUUCUAAACCGUGCCUUCACGGUCGUUUGCGAAGUGAGCUCACCCACUCGCCCGCUCUUCCGACAUUUUUUUUCAUUCGGUUAUAAAUGUGUAGGGGUUUGUCGCGGCGAAUGUUUGUUCCUUCUUGCCUCUUGGGCAACUAUCCUUUUCCAGAGCCAUUCGGCCGUAUUGUGUGAUGUUGCUAUCGUUGUUUUUGGUGUCGUUACUGUUUUUGUCGAUGUUGUCUUGCUCCUGUUGUCUUGUUCUCAGGCAUGCUUGGGUUUUGUGAUAAGUGCUUUUGGGUUAGUGUCAUCCGUUUUUUUAUGAUGGCAGAGAAAAAUAACUAUUUCCCCGGCUUGUUCCAUUUAUGAAGUUUAUAGAGUUUUUAGGUGUUUUUGCCGACGACUCCACGCUGCUGUAGUAGCUCACUUAACCGCACUUGUUUUGUGUACGCCAUGUGGCGACGGUUGUCAAUGUGCAUGAUGGAGGCGCGGGGCGCAAGAGUUGAGGGUGACGUUAAGAUGGAGCUCUCGGCAGCUUGGGAGGGGGGGGAG